AUGUAUGCUGACGAUACUGAAUCAAAUAUGAAUUCAGAUAUUGAAGUAAUUAGCUCGCCAAAAGGUGCUAGUGGUCGAACACGUGACGAGAUACGAGCACAUGUUAAUAAUUAUGAUAAAAAAGAACUAUCUCGUGAUUUGUUGAUACAAGAAUUAGUUAAUGUUGAAACAAGAAAUAAUGAUUUGUUGAAUGAAUUUGAGCAUCUUACAUUAAACGUUGACGAUUGGACAAUUCAUGCUGGACGUUCAUUAUAUGAGUUUAAUCCAAUCACUGAAUCUAGAAAAUGUAUCCUUCUAUCAUUAAAAGAUCUUACACUCUCAUACGGCGAUAUUUCUGAACGAUGA